AUGUUGGACUUGAUUGAAGCCUUUCCUAAUGAAAUUUUACACAAAAUCCUUUCACUCAUGAACCCAGAUAUUGAUGACAUUCACACAAUGUUCGCCAUUUCAAAAUGGAGACACUUUUUGACCAAAUCAAUCAAGGUUGUCACCAAUGAAACAUUUGAUAUUGUUAUUAACAAAUACCCAUCUUUCCCUCUUUCCAUCUUUAUCGAUAUCCAUGACUUUGAUCCUUUUGGAACAGAUGCAUUCCAUAUAAUCUAUUAUGUGAAGUCUGUAUUGGAUUCUGAGUGCCGUGAUUUGAUUGAGCAAAACAACAGCAUUGAAUAUUCAAUCAGCACUGGUGAUCAAUGUUAUUACGAUACACUCCCAGAAUUUGCAAGUCCAUUGGACCCAUUUGUUAGACGUGUACCUUCACCUAGAAGAAGAUUGAAAACAGAUUGUUUGAAAUCACUUAUUGUAAGAGAUAUCAAGUACUUGGACUUAUAUUUGAGACAUGAUCCUGUAUCUCAAUAUCAGUUUUUAGAUUUUGUGAGUUUCCCAGUUAAGCUUCCAUCAUUGGAAAGAGUACUUGUGGGAGAAUUAUGGGAAUUGUAUGGAUGCCAAAGUCUUCAUAGAAUCACUGCACCAAAACUUGAAUGUUUGAUAUUUGACGCUGGAAUAUUAGACAUGGAAGCUGAUGAAUCAAAAGAAAUCUUUGAAUCUUUAUAUAUUCAAAAAUAUGCUUCAAAAGAAUUUGAAAUCAAUGUCAUUGGUGGUGAGCUUGAAGAUGUUGAUUUGGGGAUUGCCGAAACAGUUAGGUUCUCUGUCAACAAUGAUUUCACCUAUCUUGAUGAUGUCUCACAGACUUCAUUGAAAUUGAAAAACAUUUAUGCACCUCAUGUCACAAAUUUGGAGUUGUCCAAUUAUCAUUUGAUUGAAUUUGAAAAUGUUGAUCUGCCCAACCUUCAAGAAAUUAUCAUUCGUGAUCCACGUCCAUCAGAGAUUCUCAGAACUGAAAACUCGAAACAAUUUGAAUUUCAUGGUGAUGAAACUUACACCAAGUUGAGAUUAAAAAAUUUUAAUGCUCCAUUGUUGGAGACCUUGCUUUUCAAUAGAGUUGAAAUUAUUAAUGAUAAUGAUGUUGAUUUCCCAAAAUUAACUCCAUAUAGAUUGGAAAUGGGUGCAACUUUUUAUAAAAAUGUGAGACAAGUGUCACAACUUAUUGAUUUUGAUUUGUUGGAAACUCUUGAAGUUCCAUUCAGGGUUGAUUUGAUCAAAGAAUAUAACAUCAAGUCUUUGAGAUUUCCAACUUUAGCCAAUCUUGGAUUGUUGAAACCAUAUAGAGGACACUCAGCACCGUUAUAUGGAUAUUCUGAUCUUCUUUCUUUGAAAGUUUUCAAAGCCCCAGUUUUGGAAGAGUUGAAUGUUUGUUCUGGUCAAUUGACUUAUGCUCAUUUUUAUGAAUUUAUUUCAAGAUAUCCAAAUUUGAAAGUUUUAGAAAUAACAGAAAUGGACUUCCCACUUAACCGUUCUAUGAGUGAUUUUCUUCAAGAUGUGGAAACUUUAAGGAUCAAAUAUGAUUCACCACCUGUGAAGAAGUUAAAGCUGAAUGGCUGUGUGUUUCCUGAGUUGCAAAAACUUGUAAUUCUGAAAAGAUGUGGACUUGAUGUAACUGGUCAAAUGAAAUUUGAAGCACCAAAGCUAAAACAUUUGCAAAUUGACCGUAUGCUUUUCGAAGAGUUGGACAUUUCAAAAUAUAAACAACUGGAAUAUGCAGAUGUUCGAGUCAAUGGACGUUUAAUCAUGAAUGGACUUGAUAAUUUGGAAACAUUGGUUAUAAAGACGGAGGGACCAUUAGCCUUUGAAUGUGACAAGCCUCCUCCAAAAUUGAAACGAUUCCUUUACCAAGGCACAUUACCAACAAGACCCGAAUUUGUGGAAGAAUUGGAGGAGCAGGCUUUGUCAAACAAGGUGGAUCUUCUCGAGUAA